GAGCCUGCAGUCUCCUCCUGGUCCGGGUCUAACAAAACUACGUCUCCUUCCCGGUGAAGUUGUGUGGGACACGCGCAGUGAGCUGCAGCAUGCUUCCACAGUGAACCACUCCUUUCACGGCACGAGACCAAAUUCACAUCUGCGCUCCCUUUCAGGGCUGAUUUAUUUAAAAACGUCGCAUAUAAAACAGGUUUUCAGGGACUCUGACUGAGCAGAAGAUUUCUGACGUUUGUCUUCCUUCAUAUUUUCCUGCUGUGGAUGAAAGAAGCGCGGAUGGUUAUGUUUGAGAAGGGCUCAGGACAGUUACUGGACCAGUCAACCGCAACAGUGAUGCCUUCUAACAAAUACGCUGCUACUGUCAUGGAGGAGAGCAACAACAUGGCUGCCACAGCAGCAGUGAAUGGAGGCACACCUGUACCUGAGGGCCUGUCAGAGAAUGACAGCAGCGUAGAACUGACCAAUGAGAACAGCCCUCUGACGGCAGCUGAACCACCGUCCCCCUUCAGCCCCAAACAGAACGGAGAUGCUGCUUCACCUCAAGACUGUAAACAGUUUUUAAGGGGAAGCCGGAAGAGAAGCAGGAAGAGCCAGGACAAGGAGGAACGUAGCUGGGGCUCCUGCAGCGAGGACAAACAUUCUGGUCAGUUCGGGCUGAGACAGACACCUCGACCCAGAACCAUCUACCAGGCUGGUCUGGCGCCGCACACACACACCAAACCUCGCAGACAGAAUCGCAAACAGGAGCAAAGUAUAUCACCAGUGAAUUGUGCCCGUGGUCCUACCGGAGUUCCACAGGGGUCCUGUGGUCCCCCCUGCGGUCCCCCAGAGACCCCAUCUCUGGAUUUGAUGGAACAAGACUCCAAAGACUCAGCCCAAAGCACCAGCACCACCUCCAGCUCUGAAACCCAACCAGAGUACAAUGACAACAAAGGUUUUGGGAUCGGCGAGCUGGUUUGGGGGAAAAUUAAGGGCUUUUCUUGGUGGCCUGGAAUUGUAGUGACGUGGCGAGCCACAGGCAAGCGGCAGGCGAGCCAUGGCAUGAGAUGGCUGCAGUGGUUUGGAGACGGCAAGUUCUCUGAGGUUUCAGCAGAUAAGCUGGACUCCAUCACUGCCUUCCCAAAAUUCUUCAGCCAGACUUCAUACACGAAGCUAGCCUCGUACCGCAGGGCGAUCUUCCAAGCAGUCGAGAUGGCCAGUGUCCGAGCAGAUGAGACCUUUCCUCCAUGCGUGUCUGACAAUCCAGAGGACCAGAUCAAACCCAUGUUAGACUGGGCUAACGGUGGCUUCCUCCCCAAAGGAGAGGAGGGCCUCAAACCUCCACACAGUGCCAGCAGUAACCCUCUGGACCACCAGGUCCUCAAUGUUUCCCUACCGGAGUAUGUUCCCUGUGCAAAGCGGCCCAAAGCCAGUCUCUGCAAGAACAAGGCCGCACCUGAAGAGUCCUACAGCAGAGAACAAAUGGUGAAUGAAGUUCGGAAGAUGAAAAGAAGUAUAGAAGACUUUUGUCUGUCUUGUGGAAAGAUGAAAGCAGCAACCUUCCACCCGCUGUUUGAAGGAGGCUUGUGCCAAACAUGCAAGGACGUGUACCUGGAGAUGUCCUACAUGUAUGAUGACGAUGGUUACCAGUCUUACUGCACUGUUUGCUGUGGAGGUCGAGAAGUUCUGCUCUGUGGGAAUGCCAACUGCUGCAGGUGUUUCUGUGUGGAUUGUCUGGACAUCUUAGUGGACCCCGGAGCAUCUAACAACGCUCGGUAUCUCGACCCAUGGAGAUGUUAUAUGUGCCAGCCUCCGCUGCAAUACGGUGUCCUCAAACGGCGGCACGACUGGAGCCUGAAGCUGCAGGAGUUAUUCGCUAAUGACAACGGACAGGAGUUUGAAAAACCGAAGAUUUACCCAGCAGUCCCUGCAGAGCAGAGACGUCCAAUCAGAGUCCUUUCUCUGUUUGACGGCAUUGCUACUGGCUACCUUGUUCUGAGAGAUCUGGGUUUUAAGGUGGACCAGUAUGUGGCAUCAGAGGUGUGUGAAGACUCAAUCUCUGUGGGUGUUGUCAGACAUGAAGGAAAGAUCCAUUAUGUCCAUGAUGUCCGGAACAUUACAAAGAAAAAUAUUCAGGAGUGGGGUCCAUUCGACCUGGUCAUCGGAGGAAGUCCCUGCAAUGACCUGUCAAUUGUGAACCCUGCAAGAAAAGGCCUGUAUGAAGGCACAGGGAGGCUGUUCUUCGAGUUUUACCGCCUGCUAAGUGAGGCUAAGCCCAAAGAAGGGGAGGAUCGUCCGUUUUUCUGGAUGUUUGAGAACGUUGUAGCCAUGGGUGUCAACGACAAAAGGGACAUCUCACGAUUUCUGGAGUGUAACCCUGUGAUGAUCGAUGCCAUUGAGGUCUCUGCUGCCCAUCGCGCUCGAUACUUCUGGGGUAACCUGCCAGGAAUGAACAGGCCUCUGUGUGCGUCUGGGAUGGACAAGCUGGAGCUGCAGGACUGUCUGGAGCACGGCAGAGUCGCAAAGUUUGGAAAGGUGCGAACCAUCACCACACGCUCCAACUCUAUCAAACAGGGGAAAGACCAGCACUUCCCAGUCCUGAUGAAUGGGAAGGAAGACAUACUGUGGUGCACUGAGCUGGAAAGGAUCUUUGGUUUUCCCGUACACUACACAGAUGUGUCCAACAUGGGUCGAGGUGCCAGACAGAGACUCCUGGGCCGGUCCUGGAGCGUCCCCGUCAUUAGGCACCUGUUUGCACCACUCAAAGAUUAUUUUGCCUGUGAAUAGACGUCACCCAUCUUCAACAACCAGGUGGCUCUCUGGAAUUUAUACCAGCACUGGAGUUGGGUCUGUGGCCAUACAAAGAAAAAAAACAAAACAUCAUCUUUCAACCUUGUUUGAUCAGGAUCUGGAGGGUUUCUCUGCUCUAACAGCUCCUUCUGUGUACACACAAGUAGUUGCACUUAACGUCUAAGUCGCAGGGAAGUAGUGGAAGUAGCUGCUGCUGGAUUUUUGUGACAUUUUUCAGGUUUAGAUUCAUAUAACACAAACUAAACGUACUUUUAAUGAAAAUAUGGAACAAAGAUGUUGCUAAAACCACCACUUUUUUUUAUCAAAGCACCAUAAGAUUUUAUGUAUAUUUAACAUAAACAGUUUGUGCACAGUCUCAUCAAAAUGUGACAGCUGUGUUUAGUCUCACCUGAAGGUCUGAGUGAUCCUUCAGGUGGAAGAAAGGUGAGGACCGUCCCUCUAGGUGUGGAUGCAUCAUGCAGAGCUCAAUAUGAGCUGUUUUAAUCUUGACACUGUUUAAACUUUGAUGGGAUACUUUGGAAGUGGUCAGACAGGAAUCAGUUUAGAGAAUCGGUAAGAAGAAAACAGAAGAGCGAAACUUUGCCAUAAAAAAAUGGACUCAAAUGUGAACUUUACACGACUUCAGGCAGUUAUUUACUGAACUGAAGAACAUUUAUGCUGCUCUGUGUCAUAAUGCACAUCGCCAUGUCUCAUAUUGGUGUUUUGGGCUCAGACCUGCAGAAUUCAGUCAGAGUGGAGUAAAUCCACCACUGUGGAUGCUGCAAUGCUGAGCGUCACAGACGGUUAAAUUUCUGAGGCUUAACUUGAAUUUUUGGUGAAAAUUCCUUCCCAAACUCUGAGUGCUGUUUCCUGCAGGCCAGAUACUAAUUAUUAAGAGAUACUUAAUGCAACACCAAUUUUAAAAGGAGAAGAAAAUCAAGUUUCUUUUCAUUCCAUUUCUUGAUAGGAUCAUGUCCUUGAAUUGAUUUCACACAAAGUUGAUAGAAGCCUUCGUUUCUUCACUGCUCGCUCAUUCCUACGUCAAUACUCAGAGCUUCAAGAGUAAAACAGAGCCUGCUCAGGGGAUAUAAAAGUAAUAUCCUUCAGUUUCUAACUUCUGUUAUUCUAUACCAGAUGCUGAUUCUGACAUAAUGUAGCACAUUUUCCAUCUCUUUGUCCGUUAUAGUGAAGAAUAAGUCUUCAUUACUCAAGCCGAUGUAGCCUUGUACCCUGCAGUCAAACCCAUUAUGAGGUGGGAUUGAUGCCCUGUUUCCAUUUACAUAUGUUUUGUUCCUGACUCUGUAGGACAUCUAGAGUGUGCUCCCCUAACAUUAGCCUUCAGAAAAUGUAUUUCUUUCUGGAUGGAUAGAAGUCAGUAUUGUAAGAUUGUGUACUACAGACCUCUAGCUGAUUGUGAUCACUGGAAGUUUUUACCUCAGUCGAACCAAAGUCAGCCCACAUGCUGCUGUUUUAACAAAGUCUGAAGAUGUGUUGGACAGUAAAAGUAAACCAUCUUUUUUAUUUUUAAUAAUACAACCAACAAGCUCAGAGCCGUUCAGCUCAAGUUUUUUCUCGUAACAUCGUUUUUCUUCUUACGAAGCUGUUUAAAUUUAGCUGAAAGUGUUGUUGUUGGUGCACAUUAAGCUUUGAAUCUGAGCUGAAGUUCAAACUGGACCAAAAAUGAACCUGUACAGUGGCACCUGUGUAAUUUCAAUGUGAUAAUUUUACUGAAAAAGAGGAGAAAGACAGAAAGAACCUUUUCAAACAGCUAGAAAAGAAAAGGGGUAACGAUGUGGUCCAAACUGUUUUCAUUCAGGAAAGUAAAACGUGUGAAAUGCUGCCGAACAUUUGACGGUUUGUAAACUCCCCAUGACUACUUUAAGAGGAUUUAAAAUAAAUCAAUAAAAAAUAAACAAGAGGAAAGUGAUGAAAAUGGGAUCAGGACGCAGGUCUGUGUGAUGAAUGUGUUUCAGAUCACAGGAAGUAAAAAUUACUGUCUGUAAAACUUUGCUACUGAAACUUCAUUUAUCCCAAAAAGUAUAUUUUUGCUGCUCCUCAGUAACACUGAAGCCUUUUUUUACUCAAACAAUACAGAGUCUGCAGGUUUCACAUGUUUCCAGACUUGAAUCUUUUUUACAUGCCUACUGAAGCUUUUUUACAUGUGUUGAACAUUUUGUGUAAGUUGUGAUUUUUUCCUUCGUUGCUGUAAAACAUUUAGCUUAUGAAAGAAAACGGGCAUUAUCUCUGACUGAGGGACGUCUGUGUAUCAGUCCUUGAACAGGAUUUGUUCUGAUUCAGCUUUUUAUCACUGGAACUUUUUUUGGAUUGUUGUUUUCUUGCAGCGUUUUCAGUACUGUACCAAUGACAAUGAGGUUUACAAGUUUUGCUUAAAAAGGAAUUAUAUGGCUUUUUCCAAAACCUAAAUGUACAGGUCUUCAUUAACAAAAAUAGGUGCUUUUUUUAUAAAGAAAAAAAAAACGUUUUUUAUAUUUGAAAAUGAACAUUCAUGUUUUUUUCCUUUAAUAAUUCCUUGAUAGUAAACAUUUUAUAUUCUCAAUAACUUUAAAAAAAAGAACAAACCUUUUUAAUGUUGAGUCUUUGUCGUUUUUCCAGAAAACAGUAGUAAAAAAAACUUAUUUUCUACGUGUAACUGCUUUUUAGAACAUGUUAUAUUGAGUUAUAGUUUAUAUUAACAUAGUAUAAAGCUUGCUUUAAAUUUUAUAAUAAUACAUUAUAAAGCAUAUUAUUCUGUAGGGUUUUAUUUUUUUGUUUGUUUUAUUUGCACCAUUAUAAAACCUCUUGGGUGUGUAUUUGUAGGCUUAUAGUAUGUUAACAAUGUCUUUGUUUUUGCUAUUAUCUCUAUAACAUUUUUAUACUUUAUCAGAGUAAAUUUAGAGUUUUGUUUGUUUUUAAUAUACUUUUAGACCUUGUUUGAACCAUUAAAGCAAAACAUUGGUGUACUUUUUUGUGUGUACUUCUUGUAGUAACCUAUAAACAUAUUUUACUUAAUAAAAUGCAAUCUUGAUGCAAGAAAAUG